AGUUCUUCAUCUGGGUUUUUGCUAGCCAAAGUCCAACUUCUGAUCCCAACCCUCAAAUGUGGCGGUCGUGGAGCAAAUCAACGGUUCAGAUUCACGACACGCAAUCCCCAUCCUCCCCCUUCUCCUUCUCCUCCUUCAAAGACAUCCAAAACCUCUGCGCCGACGAAACCAACGACCACUCUCUACAACCGACAACCGCCGCCGCCACCAAAAAAGCCUCCGCUAUUUUCCACCGCGUCCGGGUCGCCAACUCCCUCCUCCGCGCCUGGUCAACUCGCCCACCCGCCCAGCCCCAGCCCAAACCCCAACCCGACGAUGGAAUCUCCACAAAACAAUCUGAGCCGUCCAUCAGCUCCAUCCCGGGGGCGGAGAAGCGCAUUGUCGUUUACUUCACGAGCCUACGUGUCGUGCGGCCUACGUUCGAGGACUGUAAGACCGUCCGAUCGAUUCUCCGAGGGCUUCGCGUAUCAUUGGACGAACGAGAUCUAGCGAUGGACCACCGGUUCUUAACCGAGCUGCAGCAGAUUCUCGGUCAACAAACUAAGUUGACAUUGCCGAGGGUUUUCAUUGGCGGGAGGUACGUAGGUGGGGCCGACGAGGUGAGAAAUUUGCACGAGGCCGGCGAGCUCAAGAAGUUCGUGGAAGGCUUGCCCGCACAGGAACCGGGCUUAUGCGACACGUGCGGCGGGUACAGAUUUAUUCUGUGCGACGUGUGUAGCGGCAGUCACAAGUUGUACUCUGGGAAGAACGCCUUCAAGAGUUGUACGUCGUGCAACGAAAACGGUCUCAUCAGGUGCCCUUCUUGUUCGUGUGCGCCACUCUAAUUUAGUAAUUUUACAUCUAAAUUAGAAAUAACAAAAAUCGGAGAGAAAAUGUGAAAAAAAAAAGAGAAGGGCAAAAAGCCCCAUUUGGAAUUUAAUUUUCGUUUUUUUUUUUGUUGGUGAGAGGAGUUUUUGUAGUUUUUUUAUUAAAAAAUGUUGUUGGGCCUGUAAGAAUGUGUAGGCCCGGCGCAUGUGGGGGUGUGGCUAAGUUGCCACCCUAAUUAUGGAUUAUGAAGGUUAAUGUCAGCUAACUUUGAUUAUGAUAUUUGAGCUUAGUUGAAGUACAUUUUUUA